AUCGAAAUGAAAAUGUUAAGGAUAAAUACAAUUAUACUUGUCAGCCAGAAACAUUGGUCUAUUUUGUAACUUAUAAAGAUUGUUGUUUACUUAAUUAAGGAUACCUAAAAAGUUGUACAACAUCUAGAGGAAAAGGUUAUUAAAUGGAAUAAAAAUCAGUUUGAAGCUAAAAUAACAAUAUGAUACUUUGCAAUCAGUGGGCAACUAUGCAAUUCUUCAUUUAUUUUUUGGCUAUAUCGAUUUCAUUUACAGUUUCCAUUUCAGAGGGAUCAUUCAUACUACCAGAAAAUGAAGCUCCUACAACAGCACCAAAAUUUUUGUCUAGGGGCCACCUUUACAAAGUAAUAGUAGGCGAAACAAUUGAAUUACCAUGUAAAGUUCAAAAUCUUGGUUCAUACGUAUUACUAUGGAGAAAAGGCUCUUCCGUGCUCACUGCUGGCCAUUUAAAAAUUACAAGAGAUCAGAGAUUUAAGAUUGGUGCAGACUACAACCUUCAAAUAAAUGGAGUUAAGACUCAAGAUGCCGGCGACUACAUAUGUCAGCUUGGAGACCAGGAGAAUCGAGAUCAGGUCCACACGGUGGAAAUCUUAGUUCCGCCAACGUUGAGGGCCCUUCCACAUAAUGGUCAAGUAACUGCGCGAAAGGGAAGCACAGUUACACUUGAGUGCAAAGCAUCAGGCAAUCCUGUUCCAACAAUAUACUGGUUUAAGAAAGACGUUUACUCUGGGCCAACUCAUUUAUCAGACAGUUCAACAUUGAUUUUAGAAAAUGUCGAUAGACAUCACGCAGGGACAUAUCAAUGUUCCGCCGAUAAUGGUGUUAAAGAACGAGUAUCAAUGGAUAUACAGCUAACAAUAUUAUCUCCUCCUGAAAUUACGGUAGAGAAAGCUUGGGUUCACGCUGCAGAAGGAUAUGAUAUAGAGCUAGUGUGUGUGGUUCAUGGGGAUGUAAAUUCUGAAAUGCUGUGGUACCAGAACUCGUUCCUACUGGAUCCAACUGAUCGACGUUCCAUGUAUCCUCAUGAUGAUAGAUACAGUCUCAUUAUUCGAAAUUUCCAACAAACUGAUUUUGGAAACUAUAGUUGUGUUGCCGACAAUGCGCUGGGACGUACAAAGAAAUACAUUGAGGUUUCUGGAAGACCAGGUCCAGCUGAUUUUAUCUCGCCAGCCUUAAGUGGCUUUUUAGAUCAUUAUAACUUGACUUGGACUAUAGAGUCGAUACCCCCUCUAGAAGAAAUUAAGUUAUUGUACCGAAGGCUGCUGAUGAACGAAACCUACCAGCAUCCCGGUAAAUGGCACGAAUAUCAUAUAAAACCUAUUCCGAUUCGGACAGACGGUACACAUUAUUUAAUGUCAUACGUCAUACGGAACCUGGAACAUAAUGCUGUCUAUGAGGCAAUAGUGCAAGCUAAAAACAAAUAUGGAUGGAAUGAGAUCAGUGAUAUUCAUCAGUUCUAUACACGCAAUCAUGAUCUUCUCCUGGAUAUAGAUAUGGAAUAUAAAAUGGGCAUUUCAAGUUGCAGUCGAUUAGCAAUCACCAUGGAUGUUAUAAUUUUACUAUAUGUUAUUUUUAUUUUAUCGGUCAAGAUUAUUAUUUAAAAAUAUUUAAUCAUUUGCAAAUCUAAGUUCAAAGGUGCCUUACUAUGUAUUUAGAAUAUGUACAUAUUUAUAAUAUUUAGUAGAUAUUAAAAGUUAUGUUGAGGUAAGAGAAUCAUACAGUAACACACUUAAUUUGCUAGUGUAUUAAAGAUUUUAGUUUAGUUCUUUUAUCAAGUCAAAAAUAUAUUAAAAAAUCAAAAUUGAGUUUAAACUUAUGUAAAUACAUAUAGGAAUAUAAAUAUAUAUAAUUUUUGUUAUUUACUGAAUCAUCAUUAUUUUUUGUUGAUAUAUAUUUCCUAUAUGUUUCAAAUAAGAAAGCAUAAGUAUUACAAUGUUAUAGAAUUUUCUAAAUGGAAUAACAUAUGUUUAUUAAAUAAAUGUAGUAGUAUAAUUCAUAUGUAAUAAAUGACAACAAAGUAAAUAUAAGUAAGAAUAUUGAAGUCGGUCUCUGCCGACUUUGUCAUGUUCUUUCA